UUGCCUCGUAAACAAAACACUUCCCUCCUUUCACAGUCAGCAAACCAUGGUCCUCACAAGUGUGGGAAAGAUGGUCGGCCUCCAGAAGAAGACUUCUGGAAUCCGGAAUAUCUGUAUAUUGGCCCAUGUGGAUCAUGGCAAAACUACUCUAGCUGAUUGUCUAAUAUCUAGCAAUGGAAUAAUCUCCAGCCGCUUGGCAGGCAAGCUGAGAUAUCUAGACAGCAGAGAAGAUGAACAGAUCCGAGGGAUAACCAUGAAAUCUAGUGCAAUUUCACUGCACUUUGUGAAAGGUGAUGAGGAGUAUCUGAUUAAUUUAAUAGACUCCCCAGGGCACGUGGAUUUUUCUUCAGAAGUAUCUACUGCUGUCCGACUCUGUGAUGGUUGCAUCAUAGUGGUGGAUGCUGUUGAAGGAGUCUGUCCACAGACUCAAGCAGUUCUGCGGCAAGCAUGGCUAGAAAAUAUACGUCCAGUAUUGGUGAUCAAUAAAAUUGAUCGCUUGAUUGUGGAGCUCAAGCUCACCCCUCAGGAAGCAUACUCGCACCUUAAGAACAUCUUAGAACAGAUCAAUGCAGUCACUGGAGCACUCUUUACCUCUAAAGUCUUAGAAGAAAGAGCUGAGAAAGAAACAGAAAGUGAAAAUGUUUCAGACACUGCACCAGGAGAUCAAAUUUAUGACUGGAGUGCUGGAUUGGAAGAUACGGAUGAUUCACAUCUUUAUUUUUCACCAGACCAUGGAAAUGUGGUGUUUGCCAGUGCAGUUGAUGGCUGGGGUUUUGGCAUUGAGCAUUUUGCCAAACUGUAUAGCCAAAAGAUUGGAAUCAAGCCUGCAGUACUUCUGAAGACUUUAUGGGGAGAUUAUUAUCUAAAUACAAAAGCAAAGAAGAUAAUGAAAGGUGAUCAGUCAAAAGGAAAGAAACCUUUGUUCGUGCAGUUGGUGCUGGACAACAUAUGGAGUCUAUAUGAAGCUGUUAUGAAAAGAGACAAAGAAAAAAUUGAGAAGAUAGUCACCUCUUUGGGACUGAAAAUUGGUGCACGGGAGUCACGGCAUGCAGACCCUAAAGUUCAUCUUAAUGCCAUUUGUAGCCAGUGGCUACCAAUAUCUGAUGCAGUCCUCUCCAUGGUGUGUAAUAAACUUCCCAGUCCUCUUGACAUCACUGCAGAGAGAGUGGAAAAGCUGAUGUGUGUUGGAGCUAGAACAUUUGAUUCUUUGCCACCAGAAACUCAGGAACUGAAAAGUGCUUUUAUGAAAUGCAGUAGUGAAGGAACAGCCCCGGUUAUUGUCUUUGUUUCCAAAAUGUUUGCUGUUGAUGCAAAGGCAUUACCACACAAUAAACCAAGGCCUUUAACUCAAGAAGAAAUAGCUCAUCGGCGUGAACUUGCAAAACGAAGGCACGCAGAAAAACUGGCAGCAAAUCAAGGAAAGGAGCUGUCGGAAAAGCCCCCAAAUGAAAAUCCAUCUGAAGUAACUGGGAACACUGGUGAUACAAAAGGUGAAGAGCAACAGCUCACUGGUCAAGCAGAGAAUGUGACCUCAAAGGCAAUGAAACAGGAAGCAGACAACAAGGAGUCUUUCAUUGCUUUUGCUAGAGUGUUCAGUGGUGUGGCGAGAAAAGGGCAAAAGAUCUUUGUUUUAGGACCAAAAUAUGAUCCUGCUGAGUCUUUGCAUAAGCUGUCAUCCCAGUCUUCUGCCACAGAUGAUCUGCCAUUAGUACCUCAUAUGACUUUCUGUACAUUGGAAAAUCUCUACUUGCUUAUGGGAAGAGAACUUGAAGAUCUUGAAGAAGUACCUGCAGGAAAUGUUCUGGGAAUAGGAGGCCUGCAAGAUUUUGUGCUAAAGUCUGCAACACUCUCAACAUCACCAGCUUGUCCACCAUUUACACCUCUCAACUUUGAAGCUACACCGAUUGUGCGGGUAGCUGUUGAACCGAAACAUCCAAGUGAUAUGCCUCAGCUGGUCAGAGGAAUGAAGCUUUUAAACCAGGCUGAUCCAUGUGUCCAAGUUUUAAUCCAGGAGACAGGAGAGCAUGUGCUAGUGACAGCAGGAGAAGUUCAUCUUCAGCGCUGCUUGGAUGACCUGAAAGAAAGGUUUGCAAAGGUACAGAUUAGUGUAUCAGCACCUAUUAUACCAUUCCGAGAGACAAUAACAAGACCUCCGAAAGUUGAUAUGGUGAAUGAAGAAAUAGGAAAACAGCAGAAAGUUGCUGUUAUACACCAAACAAAAGAGGACCAAAAUAAAAUUCCUGAAGGAAUCCAGGUUGAUUCAGAUGGGCUGGUUACGAUAUCUACUCCGAAUAAACAAGCUACUCUCAGCGUAAGAGCACUGCCACUUCCUGAGGAGGUAACUCGACUUCUUGAAGAAAAUAGUGACUUAAUUCGAACUAUGGAACAACUCAACACAUCUCUGAAUGAAGAUAAAAAAAAACAUGAGAUAAAUCAGAAGACUAUGGAUAGGAUCAAGGAAUUCAAACAGAAGCUGGAGCAACAUCUGCAGGGAAGAAAGUGGAGAAAUGCUGUUGAUCAGAUAUGGUCAUUUGGACCACGGAAGUGUGGGCCUAAUAUUUUGUUAUAUAAUUUUGAGGGUUAUAAACGGUCCGUGUGGCAGUGCCUUGGGAAUGCUGUGAAAGAAGUGAGUAAAUACAGAGACUUUGAUAACAGCAUAGUAAGUGGAUUUCAGCUGGCUACACUCUCGGGUCCCAUGUGUGAAGAGCCCCUUAUGGGUGUUUGUUUUGCAGUGGAAAAAUGGGAAAUAAAUAAAGUUGGAGAGAUUCCUUCAACUAAUAGUCAGGAUUCAGAGGAAUGCGAUGCCAUAGAACAUAACCAAAAUGAAGAUACUGCUCUAACAAGCAGUUGCACUGAUGAAGUUUGCAGAGUGAAUGAACACCAGGACAGCAGUCAAAGUGUUACAGAAUCACCUGAGAAGAUUAGUAAGCACAAGGGAGAAGUUUUACUUGCAGAUUGUUACGGUCCCUUCUCUGGACAACUGAUUGCCACCAUGAAGGAAGCAUGUCGUUAUGCUUUGCAAGCAAAACCUCAGAGGCUUAUGGCAGCAAUGUACACGUGUGAAAUUAUGGCUACUGCAGAAGUUUUAGGUCGUGUGUAUGCUGUCCUGUCCAAAAGAGAAGGCAGAGUGCUACAAGAGGAGAUGAAAGAGGGGACAGAUGUGUUUAUUAUAAAGGCAGUCCUGCCAGUAGCAGAAAGCUUUGGUUUUGCUGAUGAAAUCAGGAAGAGGACUAGUGGCCUGGCCAGUCCGCAGCUGGUGUUCAGCCACUGGGAGAAAGGAAGAGGUGAAAGUAUACAGGAAACAUGCAAGUGGGAAAGCCGAUAAGGAGUGUCACCAGAUCAUUUCCAGUGACCCAUUCUGGGUACCAACCACUGAGGAAGAAUACUUGCACUUUGGGGAAAAGGCAGACUCAGAGAACCAGGCCCGCAAGUACAUGAAUGCAGUAAGAAAGCGAAAGGGACUUUAUGUAGAAGAAAAAAUUGUGGAGCAUGCUGAAAAGCAAAGAACUCUCAGUAGAAAUAAGUAGCCGUGUCUGCUUCCUUUCUCUCCCGACUCAGCUAAGUGCGGGUGGAUGAUUUUCUAUGCAGCAGAUUCAAAAUUUCAUCUGGACUUUGUUCUUUGACACCACUUUUCUUAUAUGCUAUGUCUGUGGCUUAGGUUUUAAUCAACUUAAGCCUUUCCAACUUUUAUACAGAGAAAAUAGUUUGUUUAUUUAUUUAAAUAAAGUAUAGGCAUAUUCGUUGCAAUUGGUCUUAAUUUUAAAAAUUUACUGCCCUAUUGAACUUUCUGUCAUGGGAUUAGGAACUCCUAAUUUAAUUUUCUGUCUUUCUGAUUUAUCAGACUUAAUUACAGUUAGAGCUGGUUAGUUAGUUUGUUGCAAAUAAACUAUGCACUGAAUUUAGCUCCUAAUUGGUUUUGAGUCUGUUUUUUUAAAUUUAUUUUAAUUUCUGUGAUGUAUUUGUUACUCACCAGUACUUCCCAUAGUUACCUCUGUGCAAAUAGAUGUAAGCCUAUUGGGAGUUUCUAAACUAUUUUGUUUUACUCCAUUCCUCAUGUAAGCAGGCAUCUAAAGCAGUAAUGUUAUCCUCCUUAAAUCAGAGAGCAAAAAUAGCACAUGUGGAAGACUAAGCAUUGCCAACCAAGCAAGAUUUGUGUUUUUUCCCUCCUUAGAACACAUCUUAUUAAAAAAUUCAUAGGAUUAUCCUAAACUGGGAGCUGCCAUCUCUGAACUAAACACACAGCUACUUCUGCCAAUCCUGCAUGAGUGUUUCCAGACUCUUGCAGAAAUUUCUACCCAUUUCGUCUGUUCUCUUGAAUUGAGUGAAGGGAAACACUUGCAAAAAUAUACAAAAUGUCUUGCUUUUUGCAGGUGUCUAGGAGGCAGAAGGCUCCAAAAUGAUUCAGACUGAGACUAACAGGAAAAAAAGUCCUCACAGGGUGUAAGUUUUAGUUAAGAAAAAUGGAAACCUUCGGUAGAAGAGAAAUAUGGUGCAUGAAUUAUCUUCUCAUUUGGCUGCUUAGAUUUGUAAAAGGAAAGAACAAAAAUUUGAGAUAGUUAAUACUGAACAGGUAGGUGUCUUUGAGGAGUUUCUAAUAUUUAGUUAAAUUAAUAAGUCCUUAAAUCUUGUGCCAACUGAUGUUCUGCUACCUUUUGUCUUUGCUAAUUGCAGAGUUCUGUUUCAGAUAACCAUGCAAAUAGGUUGUCCUUUUCUUUCCAGAAUAUAACCAUUUCUUUAAUUUGUCAUUGCCCCAUAUUCCUUUAGCACCUACCUGGUCUUCCUGAAUAAAUAUUCUUUGUGUGUCAAUUAAUGCAGCUGGCAGAAUUUACUCGUAUCAGUUUUGCUUUUUCAGGGGCAAGAAAACUGUUACUUGUUUCGCAAGUAGAAUGGUUUUGAAUGUUUAACUUUUAUUUUAAAUAACAGCCUUUUCUUUUCCAGCUUGUUUAGUUUCAUUAUGGAAAAGUUUCCUUUUAACAUUGUAUUUAUGAAUUAUUCAAGCAAAUGAAAUACUUGCCUUUCUUAGAAGUUUGUUCAAUAAAUUGCUGUGUUUUGCAGGGGAGGUCUGCACAGCAGCCCUAUUAGAGCUUGAACAAACAUACUUGUGUAGUUUGGGCACUGCCAGCUGGUAUAGCCAUGGAGGGCAUGGUAACUUACUGCAAAAAACAGUCAAGAUGCCAAUGUUUGUAAUGAGAUCUUGCCUAAUGCAGCUACCCUGCUAGCUGAAUCCAAGACAGAGCUAGGGAUGUUUGGCCUGUAGUCACAAAGGUGCUUGAAUAGGUGAUAUAGGCAUGGACAGGUUGGUCAUUGUUAUGACUACGUAAUUGUUAACUGUGACCUGAUAUACUUAAAUAAGCAGAAGGAUCAUUAACAUAGAUUUUAAAAGAUUUAACAAGAGCUUCCAUAUUUUGUGAUGGUGUGGUUUUCAAUUGCACCUCAAACAGCAUAAGGAUGAUAAUUCAGGAUAUUGCAACAGUAUUAUUUGUAAAGAGCAAAAACUAGCAGAAGAAAAUCAAACCAACCAGCAAGAAGUGCUAGCAGCAAUAUUUGAGAUCUGUUUUCUUUAGUAACAGCUACUAGUGGGAAGAGAAUCUAAUUGCUUAUGUGCCACGAAUCUGUAACCAUUUUUCUCUGGAUUAUUCAAAAAGUAAUUUGAUGUAGCUGUUUUUCCCUGGCUUUGUUAUACAUACAUAACAAUAUGACAUAAUUUUGGAAAAUCUCUGCAAAGCAGGAUAAAUAACUUGCUGAUGGAGCAAGCCAUGGAAAGAUUUAAUUGAGAGCUAGCCAUUAUAUAAUUUCAUUUUCCAUUACCAGCUUUAUUGCUAAAUAUAAUACAUAUUUAAAAUAAGCAUGCACAGCUUUUAAAAUAUUUUAUAUGUGUAAAUGUUCAGUACACUUUUAGCUUUCUAAAAACUACGCACUCAAUUGACGUGAUUUGGCUCUACUGGCUUUAGUAGAAUCAAGGCUCCUUACAAUUGAUAAUGUAUAAAAACAACAGUCAGCUUCUAUAUGGUAAUAUUUAUUAAAGAAUGAUAACUAUUCACUGGACAAGCCAUAUGAUAAUCCAAAUGAUUCCACUUUGUAGAAGGAAAAAAAAGCCAAAAAUGUUUCCCCAGAGUAGAAUAAAGAUCAAGCAGUGGCCAGCAAGUCCCUUUCUCUUGUCUCUGGCAACGCUUCUUUUACCUUCUUGCUUUAAAAGUCUUUCAUUUUCUCAAGCACUGGUAAUCUUAGGUUAUUCACCAUUUUUUCCCACAUAGUUUUCAGUUUCCCUCAACAAACUUCACUUACAUUUUAAAGCAGGAGUCCAAAAGAAAAACCAAGGAAUCUGUGCUGUAUGUUCUUUCCUACUCCUCUUUCCAUGUUAGUUUAGGACUUCAGCUGCAGCCUCAGUGUUAGAAUUGAUGAGGGCAGAAACACCAGAGAAGCACAAUAUUUCUAUACCAAAACAUGCAGGUCCCAAAUUAGGUCUGAAUGCAAUCUCUUUGCUCCCUGCUAACCUUAGGAACUAACUCUUCUUGUUUGAGACACUGAUAUUUGGAACCUUAUUCUGUGGGAAACAGAACAUGUCACUCCUUCAUAAAGUCAGUCGCCUUGCUAACAAGAAGAAAGAAAUAUGCAACACUUGAACUGUUCACUAUACUUCUGAUAAAUUUAGAGAGUGGAAGAGAAAGUGAUUUUUGGAAUGCUUUAUUAGAUUGAAUACUCACUCUGAUAGUGGAGGGGUCCUAGCAAAAUUCUUGGACUCCAAAUGGCCAUUGUUUUGAGUUGAAACUCCUCUUUAACAAUUUGGGGUUGGUUAAGCAAUCACAAUUAUAAACGUCCUUUACAUUUCUCACAGUGCAUGGCAGAACCCUCUGCUGUUCUGUGCAUGGUGUUGGGUUAUAAAUAUGUGGAGAAAGCCAUAAUAAAUCUAUAGGAAGGUUGCAAGCAGCACAGUUCAAGUAUCUUGCAAUUUUCUUGAGUAGUUCUUCCAAUAGCAUAAGAGGGGAGAGGUGGGUCAAGGCAGGUUUUACAGUAGAUGACAAAUCAGCAGCUCUCAUGAAAAGCUGUGCGCAGAAAAUUCUUUAAUGCUACUUGAGGAAUCUUUAGUUGUUUUUUCAGACAGAUUAAAAGGGAACCUUAAACUCAUGAGCUUGGUACAGCCUGGCCUGGCAUAUUGCCGUGCCUGAGAUAAAUUACAGGUUGGUGCAUGCAAGGAGUCACCUGUUUGUGCAACUACCCGAGACCCACAAGGAUGAAAGAAUCUCAGCUUUUGCUAAGUGCUUGCUUGUUCUUUGUUUCCACAAACUGGGCGGGGGGAAUAAAUAUCUCCAGUAUAAAUGAGAAACUGGACAUCAGUUUACAUGGGAAGUAAAUACACUGUACUUGACAAUUCUGGGAGUAAAACUGCGCUUUUGAUUAGAGGUGUUCUUCAAACUUAUCUGUCUGAAUUUUUUUUUUUCAUUUAUAAACGUAGUGUCAGACAAGUACCAUUUACAGAUGAGACAACUUGAAGAACAGAAGCUUGCAGGUCUGCUUGAAACCUUCCACAGUGUGACUCGGCAGCAGAACUCAAACUGGGAAUUCAGGUGACUUUUCUUCUCACUCUGGUCAUAUCAGGCUCAAUUCUUUGGGCAGAGUACCUGAAGGUUUUACUACUUCUAUUAGGGUUUCUCCUUUGUAACUUUAAUUUGGUUCAGAAUGCUGUGUAGACUUCUGUGCUUCUUCCUAGUUUCCUUUGGAAGCAGAAAUAGAAGAGCAUGUGGAGGAGAGGAUGUGAAUGAGCUGGAUUAUUUUGUCAGCACCAUUUUUUUUUUAAUGCUUGGUUUGAGUUCUCACAUAGCUUCUGAUUCAUUUGAUUCUUGUUCAUACCAGACUGCCUGUGAAAACUCAAGAGUUGAAACGAGGCAAGGGAGUAUAGUUUUCUUUGUUGCAUCGUGUAUAGGAUAAGGAUAGUCAAGAAAGUAGUGAUCAGGUCUUUUUGUACUUGUUAUAAUGGUCACACA